GCAGGAAUGAGCUCACGAUGUCACCACACUCCCAGCGCUUAUAAAGCCAAGCGCGCGCACGACGCCGCCUCACUCCCUCCCGCCCUCUCUCGCCAUGGACGCCGCGCGAACUCGGCUUCUUUCGUGGUGGGCGUGGCUUGCGGCGCUGGCCCUCCUCCUCCUGGUGACGCCUGGGGUGGGAGCGGCGGAGGGGUGCGAGUGCGGCGGCGCGGCGGCGGAGAUCAAGGAGGAGGACGCGCGCGGGGCGCUGCGGCUCAAGCUCAUCGCCGUGGCGUCCAUCCUGGCGGCGGGCGCGGCGGGGGUGCUGGUCCCCGUCCUGGGCCGCUCGGCCGCCGCGCUGCGGCCCGACGGCGACGUCUUCUUCGCCGUCAAGGCGUUCGCGGCGGGAGUUAUCCUCGCCACCGGCAUGGUGCACAUCAUGCCCGCCGCGUUCGACGCGCUCGCGCCCCACUGCGGCGGGGGCGGCGCCAGGGUCGGCGGGUUCCCCUACGCGGGGCUCGUCGCCAUGUGGUCGGCCAUGGCCACCAUGAUGGUCGACUCCGUAGCCGCCGGGUACUACCAGCGCUCGCACUUCAGGAAGGCGCGCCCCGUCGACGACACCGCCGACGGGCAGGGCCGCUCGGCGGCGGACGAGGAGGGCGCCGCCGAGCACGUGGGCCACGUGCACGUGCACACGCACGCGACGCACGGGCACGCGCACGGCCAUGGUGGGCCGGCCGCCGCCGGCUCUCCGGCGGAGGAUGCCUCCGUCGCCGUGUCGAUCAGGCACAGGGUGGUCUCUCAGGUUCUGGAGCUGGGGAUCCUGGUGCACUCGGUGAUCAUUGGCGUGUCCUUAGGCGCGUCGUUGAGGCCGUCGACGAUCAGGCCCCUCGUCGGAGCCCUCAGCUUCCACCAGUUCUUCGAGGGCGUAGGCCUCGGCGGCUGCAUUGUUCAGGCAAAUUUCAAGGCGAGAGCGACCGUGAUCAUGGCGACCUUCUUCUCCCUCACCGCUCCCAUGGGCAUCGCGCUGGGGAUCGCAAUCACAUCCAGCUACAGCAAGCACAGCUCUACCGCCCUCGUUGUCGAGGGGAUCUUCAACUCAGCCGCGGCAGGAAUUUUGAUCUACAUGUCCCUGGUAGAUCUCCUAGCAGCAGAUUUCAACAACCCGAAGCUACAAACGAAUAUGAAGCUUCAGCUGGCAACAUACCUCUCCCUCUUCCUCGGCGCAGGUCUGAUGUCCUUGCUUGCCAAAUGGGCAUAGAUAGAUACUUCUUCAGAGCAACUGAGGGCUGUAAUUCUGCGCGUUGUCGUUGCUAAAGACCCGGAACUCGGUUUAUCAUCGGCGGGGUUGUUUUUUUCAUAGAAUUACUGCAUCACUUUCUGUAGGAGCUCCAUCAAUCAGAUUUUGAGCACAGGAAGGUAAAAAGAAGGUCUGAAUGUGACCAAAUUCUAGAGUUGAAAGAAAUUGCUAAAGGAGGCAAAAGUUGAGGACAAAAGGCUGAAUCUUGCCAAAUGGUGUGCUUCCACGAGGAUGGCACCAAUCUAAGUAUUGAGGAAUCAAGUGGUAGUGGAGAUAGUUGUUCUUGAAUUGAUCUUUGGGGUUACAGAUUUGUAAGAAGACCGACUUCCUUUUGGAGUCAACGGCAAUGUACAGAUUGUUAGCCAGUCUGCUCCUUUUUGCAGGACUAGAAUUCCGGGGAGUUUGUUCACUGAAGAAUUUAUAAAAACCCCAGCAUGAUAUC